AAACAGUGUUUAUAUUUGCUAUAGAAAAGCCAACUCCACUGGCUACCCCAACGCUUCUUUUGCUGCUGGUAUCAAACAUAUCAUAGAUUUCAAAAUAGAAUUUAGCAACAGAAAGCAGGUUGAGGAUAUUUUUCAGUUUUUAAUACAUUUAAUUGUUGUUACAAGAUUAGACAUCCCAACUGAUGUUAGUUCGAUUUGCUUGAUGGAAGAUAAAACUAAUGCUGAAAUUUUUUGUGUCUGAUUGUGUUAAAUCAAUGUUAAAUGCACAAUUCAGAAAUGAGAAAUUGAAGUUUACAACCAAAUACUUGUUAAAUUUGGAUUUAAAUACAGAGCUUAAUCUCCAAAUAUCCACUCAUAAUGCUGACUAUAUGAUUUUACCCCAAUUGAAUAAUUUUUUGGGAAAUUAUAUUGCAAAAAACAUUAUUCCUGAUCAACUCAAAAAUGCAAUCAAUGUUCUUUUCUUAUUUGACGAGACUGAUGUUCUAAUUCAAAACCAUUUUAAUAAUAAUAAUGCAGAAGACCCUGUAGGAUAUAAUUUGCCCAAAAUAACUGAUAUUGCAGUUGAUAAACUCGUUCAUGUUGCAGUUGAGCAUGAUCCAUGUUACUAUAGCAUUCUGAGAAAAGAAAUAUCCAGUAUCAAAGCUGUAGCUGGCCAACUUUUUGCUAUUCCAAUGAGGAACUUAUCGUCAAAACCAGAAUUAUUUGUUGUAGAACACAUGGCGAUGUUGACACAUAUCGGCAAUAAAAGAGAAGAUAUUGUUGCUGUCUAUCAGUCUGAGCCUGUUUUGGCGUUGGAUACACAUCAAUUUUCAAAUUAUUAUCCAAAUUUUUAUGAUAAAUUUUUUUCAAUUGUGGCUAUCCUCGAUGCUGGGGAUAUAGGCGAAAUAGCAGCUCAAAUAAUUGUUUUAGAGAUAUUAAAAGGAUACUUUGCGAAUCAAAUUGGAACAAUUGAUUUUGAAGUUGAUGUCACUUCAUUUUUAGGUGGUGCCGGUAUUGAGUUGGAAGACGCAGAUCUACCUUUCAAAAAAGGGAAAGUUUAUAGGUUGUGGAUUGAUAUUAUUAUUCCUGUGUUUUGCUCGUCCAAUAACACUUUUUAUUUUUUGGCUUUGCAAAUUAAGAACCGUCAAACUGAAAUUAAAAGAGAGUUUAAAGAAUUCGACAAGAAGUUGGUAUUAUUCUGCAAUGACAACAGUAUGCCAUAUCAGCCAGUAGGGAUCUGGAUGGAGCUAGGAAUUAUUAAAAGCUCUAUUGAGAUAAUUACAGCUUCUGAAGACUAUAAACCGGCAAGGCAAACCAGAAAAAGUGCUAAACGCAAAAGAACUAGUUCUUCAAACGAGCCACCAAUUAUAAAGAUUUGUAGCUUGGAGAGCUUCAAAAUAUCCGAGUAA